GCUGUGGAAUAAAGUGAGUGGGCGCGGAGGCGUUCAGAAGUAGAGCCGCCCCACUUUGAUUGGAGGAAGUGAUCAGGAAGUGAUACAUCAACAAAGAAAGAUGGCCGAAGUCAUAGAGCUCCAGAAACUAAAGCUUGCCGAACUGAGGCAGGAGUGCGAGGCCCGAGGUCUUGACACCAAGGGAAACAAAGGAGAGCUCAUUGCCCGACUGCAAGCCUAUCUGGAGGAGCACGGUGAGGCGACAUCCUUCACAAUUAGACCUGAGGACGAUGUGGACGUAGAUGAUGUGUUGGCAGAGGAUACAGAGGAGAUAACUAAUGUUGAGAGUGCCAACAAUGUAAAAAGUGAGAAAGAAUCCGAGUCUGCUGAGUGCGAGCAACCUGAGGAGGAGGAUGAUGAUAAAAAGGUGGUGAAAAUAGCUCCUCCGUCAUCUACCGGUGAGAGACUACAGAAGAGAGCUGAACGUUUCAACCUGCCUGCAACAGCUGAAAGCAAAAAGGCCAUUCGUGCAGCAAGGUUUGGGGAAUCCACCGAGGAGUCCACUCCCACUCCAGGUGCCGUUGCGAACCCUAAAGCUCCUGUGAACGUUGAUCAGCUGAAGAAGAGAGCGGAACGAUUUGGCAUGAACGUGUCAUCCGUUUCACAAAAGAUUGAAGAGGAUGAGAAGCUGAAGAAGAGGAAGGAGAGGUUUGGGGUCUCAGCAGGUUCAACAGGUGCAGUUGCUGCCGUUGCUUCAGUUGGUUCAGCAGAAGUCGAGGCAAAGAAAAUGAAGCGCGCUGAAAGAUUUGGAAAAGUGUGAACAAUGUUUUAGAGCCUUUUUUUUUUUUUUUUUUUUUUUGUAAAACAUUUUCAUUACUGCACAACAGAGAUCCCAGAAGAAGACAAAUGUCUCUAAUAGGAUUCCUGUAAGUCAAAAGUAUAAUUAAAUGCAAAGAUAAAUAGAUGAGUUGGAUCAUUUAAGAGGUUUGGAAAACAAAUAAGAAAAAGCUCUAAAGUAUUUACUGAGCUUGAAAGUCCGUAGAUAAUAUAAAAAAACAAAACCCGUUUGAUUCAAACCACCUAUUUAUCUACUGGGGCACCAUUUUCUCAGUCCUGGGAUGCCUUCAAUCACAUUAUUUUUCAUUUCCUUUACUUUUAUAUUGGAAUUAGAGGUGUUUAUAAACUGAAAGGGCAGUAUUGGUUCCUUUUGUAACGUAGAGGUUUUGUUUUACUCUUUCAUAAACUUACUGUGCAUGCUUCGCUAUUUUUCAAAGCUGCAAUGAAGUCUAUUUAUCAAGUCUUUAUCCAGCAACUAGUCAAACAACUCCUGCAGCUGCUUCACAGUAAAAGCCUUCCAGCUGUUUUAUGGGAAAUGAUUCCUUUAAGUCUCAGGUGAUUCCUUUCUGUAUAAUCUUAAAUCAAAAUGGUGCAUUAAACCAUCCGAAAUGUUCCAAAUCACACGGAAGAUGUGAGGAAGUCGAAGCAACAAAUGCAUUUACUGUGAAGGGUCAAAGUCUGUUUUAUAAAAGUUUAUUUUUAUUUUUUACAGUGCAUUACUUUGAAGAGACUAUUAGUUAUGACAAAGCAUCGUACAGACGUGCAGGUCAGAUACCAGCCGGGCUCCCAUUGUUGGAUAAAGAGAAACUGUAUUAACUCUUACAGUAAGCAUGAACUAAAACAACCCAGUAAUAUGUUCAUUAUUACACAUGCAGUGCAGUUAGAAACGGUGUGAUGCAAAGAAAGAACAUUUAAAAUAGCAAGUAACAGCAAACAUCUAGUUUAUGGUAGUUAAAAGAAUACAGUAAAUCCUGUUUCUGUUUAUUGGAAGUUAUUAGCAAGCAAUUUAAAAACAAAUAAAAUCUAAAAGUCUGUUUAAGUGAUUUAUUUGUAUUGUAUUUAAUUGUACUUUUUGAUUGAUCAGAUAACCUAUUUUUUGUGUUUUAUCUUUUGGGAUUCCACUGCUUCAUUUAUCUGUCCAUUUUAUAACAUUUUGUGAUUUAAAAUAAAUUGUUUUCAAUUUUUGGAUAUCUGCUU